GGGUAUUCCUAAGGUACAUGAUAGUGACUUAUGCUCCGAGGGGCAUUUCAAAUUGGUCGGGCUAUAGGCAUGGAGUCGGAAUAAAAUCAUGGUAUGCUGGUUUUUUUUUUUACGAAUGGACUUAUUACACAGUAUGGUCUUUUCUUUUCUUUGUUUCUUCCUUCUUUUCUUCGAGAUACCUGGGAACGAGUGUGGUUCGGGCUGUACGAUUCACGGGGAUAUCUCACAGGCAACAAAAUGGGUGUUUAUGGACUAUUUAGAUGUAUACGGUAUAUCACGAAACAAGGGAACACGGAAACAAAGGAACAAGAAUGCUUAUGUGGGCUUUUUAUCUAUUUUUAAUUUGAGGCUUACCUGCAUACCUUACAUUGAAGUGGCACGCGGUGACAGUACAUCAUAUGCUUUUCACCGAUUACGCCUUCCAUCACAUUUCAGAAGCUCUAUUUCUGUACGAGUUUCAGCACGACAAUGCAUCAUGACACGUUCUCAUAUACUGAGCGCUAUUUUCGAAUACGCCGACCUUGCCAUCCCCUCUUCACUUGUCCACUCAUUAAGUCGCGGCUUUAACCCCGUAGCGUAGCAGCCACAAUGGGCGGUAAUAGGGGGUUACGGUAAAUGCUUAGCGACACGGAAUACAACUCAGAGGAAUUGUUUGUAUAUGUUACGUAGAAUGCGCUCAGCUGGUUGGCAACCUAAUAAAUACUCUGCAGACUCCGCUAUACGCAUUCAUUUGUUCGGUCUAGACCCUGCGCUGGGAAAUGCUCCAUAAUACCGUAAGAAGGGUUGUUAUAUGGUUACACGAUCUCGAUCGCUUGUG